AAUAACAAAAUAAAGUGCUAAAGAGACAAUGAGUGCAUUCAAUCAAACAUUUUUACUUCCACAAUGUGCAGCGCGAAGUGUUGGUCCAGCAAAUCAACUCUUUAUUCAAUUAAUACAAGCAUUAAUAACGGCACAUUGUACCAUACCCCAGCCAGACAUUUGGCCAAUCGAUUAUGGUCCCACUGCAUGCGAUGGUGAGACGUUUGAUUUCGUGGUGGUUGGUGCUGGAUCGGCCGGAUGUGUGGUUGCGAAUCGUUUGAGUGAAAAUCCAAAAUGGAAGGUUUUAUUGGUGGAAGGUGGUGGUGAUCCGCCCUUUGAAUCGGAAGUACCCGCAAUGUUUGCCGCAAAUCAGCGAACCGAAUACGAUUGGCAAUUUUACGCGGAAUCAAAUACGGCCUGCAAAGCAUUGAAUGGCAGUUGUUUUUGGCCACGUGGAAAGUGCUUAGGUGGUUCAUCGGCUAUAAAUCUAAUGCUAUAUGUUCGUGGCAACGUUCGUGACUACGAUCGAUGGGCUGAGAUGGGUAACGAAGGAUGGGAUUACGAAAGUGUUUUACCGUUUUUCAGAAAAUCCGAAAACAAUCACUUUUCACAAUUUGUAUACGAACAUAAUAGGCGGUAUCACAGUGACGCAGGCCUAUUGAACGUUGAUUUCUACGGCGAGAGUCCAUUUGCAAAAACGUAUAUAGAUGCUGGAAUCGAAGACGGUUACAAAUUCAUAAGUGACAUAAACGCCGAUGAAUAUAUUGGAUACACAAAAGUGCAAGGCACCUGUUAUCAGGGUCGUCGACAAAGUUCGGCCAAAGCAUUUUUGGCAACGGCCAAAAAUAGAACAAAUCUUCACGUGUUGAAAUAUGGUCUCGUUCAAAAGGUUCUGCUGAACAAAAAGAAUCAGGCCUACGGCAUUGAGUAUGUCUGUAAUGGGAAGGUCAUAAAAGCCUAUGCCAAAAGGGAGGUAAUUAUGUCGGCUGGUGCAAUCAUGUCGCCGGUGGUUUUAAUGCUGUCUGGCAUUGGUCCGAAAAAAGACUUGAAACGUCAAAAAAUUCCACUAAAAUGUGAUUUGCCGGUUGGAAAACACCUUCUCGACCACAUUUAUACGUUGAUUUUCUUUCAAUUCGAUCCAACACCAAGUGAUCCACUCGCUGCUUAUGAUAACACAUACAAUUUAGCAAUUCACAACACAGGAGGUUUAACAAAUGUUGGUGUUUCAACUUUAAGCGCAUUUGUUAAUACAGACAAAACGGAGACGCUGCCAAAUAUUCAACUGAUGUACUUUUGGUUCACAAAAAAAUCACCGAACAUUCCGGCUUACAUAAGAACACGCCAAUUUAAUUAUGACAUUGCCAAAAAAUUGACCGAUAUUAAUGAAAAUAAUGACGUUGGAGCCAUUUUGGUGUCAUUACUUCAUCCGAAUUCCACCGGGUCCAUACAAUUGAACAGUAGCUCGAUUAAUGACAAACCGAAGAUUUAUCCAAACUAUUUUAGCGUGCCCAGUGACUUGAAAACCAUGAUCAAAGCUAUUCGCCAUCAAGUUUCUUACACGAUUAGCAAAUCUUAUUCGGCAAAACACGGAAAGUUUAUUAUGUUGCCUUUGAAGGAAUGUAGUGGGUUUGUGUAUGACACCGAUGAAUAUUGGAAGUGCUAUAUUACUUACAUGGCUGCUACUGAAUACCAUCCCGUUGGCACUUGCAAAAUGGGACCAAAGUCAGAUCGAGAAUCAGUGGUUGAUGAACGACUUAGAGUUCAUGGCGUACAGGGACUACGAGUCAUUGAUGCAAGCAUCAUGCCGUAUAUCACUUCUGGAAAUACAAACGCACCGACCAUUAUGAUCGGAGAGAAAGGCGCUGCAAUGGUUAUCGAAGAUAAUUUGCCUUUCUCUUCAUCUUCGACAUCAUCGUCCUCUUCUUCUACGUCUUAAUCUUCAUUGCAAGCAAAUAUUAGGCGUGCAUACAUGGUAAAGUUUUGGGGAAACUUCUUUUAAUACAAAAAAAAAUUCGCCUCACACCAAUUAUCAAAAAUUAUCAAAAGUCAUGA